AUGCUCAACAAGCGGGUGAGGCGGCGGCGCAAGUCGUCGAACAACAGCAGCGGACGGAGCAGAGGCGGGCGGGAGCGCAAGCGGAGGCGCAAGCGAAAGGUGGCGGUGAGCGUGUCGGAUCUGGAGAGUGAUAGCCCGGACAUCAUCCCCAACGCCCAUGUCCAGGUCGCAGUGUAUGCCGCCCGCGGCGGGGCGCUCGACAGCGGCAAGCGGAGCAAGCGCUAUGCCGUCGAGAUCCGCUACGGCUCGAUCUCGUUCACCACACCCGAUGAGCCUGUGCCGGUCUGGGGCGUGGCCACCAAGUUCCCGCUCGUCGCCGACGCACCGUACGUCGCAUUUACCCUCUUUGCCCUCCCGCGGCAGCACCGCGGCGAGUCCGCCACCGCCACCGCGCGCAAAGCCCUCGGCGCCGUCGCCUUUCCACUUGGUCGCCUCUCGCUCGGCGUCUCGACCCGCAAGUGGUGCAAGCUCAAGCGGGCGUCGGGCGAGCCGACGGGCUACGAGCUCAAGAUCGGGCUGCGUCUCGAGCACGAGCUUGCCAACGAGCUUGCCGCCGAGCCAUCGGCCGCCCGCCGCCGCUUCCUCCUCGGCAUGCAGGCCGCCGAGGCCGUCGAGGGCUACGAGCGAGUCUCGGUCUCUGACGACGACGCGCUCGAUGCUCUCCUGCACAAGCGCUCCAUCCAGGCCGUCCUACAGUACCGCGACGAGCUCGAGCUGCAAAUCGAUGGCUCCGAGGAGCGCACCACCACUGAGGUCCUGGUUGCGCUCCUCAACUUUCGCUCCGUCCAAGCCCUCACCAUCAUUAUUGGCGCGCCAGUCCUUGCUCCGCUCUUAUGGCUCGCCAUCUUGCUGUGGGCACUCGGCUACGCGCUCGACUCGGCACUCGCCUCGUGUAAUCUCUCCCUCUUUGCAUGCGUCCCUCAGUGGUGCAAGUCGACGAGAUGCUUCUCGCGUGGCUGCUGCCCUGGCCUCCGCCCGUCGCGCGGCCGGCGCUCCUCACUCGCCUCGGCCCACCGAACCGGUGACCUGGAGGCCGCCACCCUCUCGGCCACCGUCUUGACCCUCCCGUCCGAUGACUCGGGCUGGGGUGGCUCGUACUCGUCGGUCCUCCGGUCCUCGACUACCUCGCGCUACCUCACCAGCGAUGGAGCAGACUACUCGGAAGCGCAAGAGUCGAGCUCAUGCUCGGAUGGCAGCGAUGCCGGCAAGGGCUCCAGCAAGCGCAAGUGGCACCAGCCGCUGCAGUUUGUCGUCUCGCCCGACCAGCCGACCGUCCACUCGUACUGGGCCAAGCAUGGCCUCCUCACCACUUUUGUGACGUGGUGGCUCCUCCCGGUCCCGACAAUGGCACUUGCCUCGCUUGCCGUCUACGCCGCCCGCACCCGUGACGUCGGCGUCUCACUCACCGAAGUUCUCCAGCCACUCGCCAUGUACGUCCUCCUUGUUGCCGUCCUCAUCGCCCUCGCCAACCAUGGCUUCUUUGUCUACGUCCUCGGUCAGAACGAGUCGGACAAGCUCCUCGAGACCUAUGCCCGCAAGAUGGCAUACCUAGAGGACUCGCUCGCCCGCGCCCGUGCCGCGUACCCCUCGCCGCCGCCGUCCAACUGCGCCGACUAUGCCUACAAUAGCAGUGACGGCGACGACGACUCGAGCUACAGCGACGAUGACGACGAUGACUCGGAGCAAGCAGAGGUCGAGGUCGAGCUGGCCACCCCUCGCCGCCGACGUGAUCUCUCGCGCGCCGAGAUCCUGACGCUGGUCCAGGCCGACCAGCAGACCGCCACCAACGAGACGGUUGCGUACCGGCUCUUUGCGCAGAUCUGCGACGCUGUUGCGGUGGUGCGCAGACCGGCGUUUGUCGCUGGCGUCAGCGCUGCUGCCUUUGUCCUUGCCUUUGUGCAGGGAUUCAUCGCGCCCAUGUACCGCAUGGCCAAGCGCAAUGCCGGCGUCUCGGCAUCGACCUCGUUUGGAGGCGGCAGUGGCAACGCCGCCGACCACGUCCUCGUCGCAUUUGCCGUUUACUCCGGCUUUGUCGUCCCGUUUGUCGGCCUGGUCAUCCUCGGCUACCACGCCGGUGCGUACUACGAGCACGUGGCGCGGAUGGGUCUCUUCCACCGCAUCACCUCUGCGGCGUCACCGUUUGUGGUUGGCCGCUCACGGCGCAAGUGGCAGCUGCACCUUGACAGCCAGCGCAACCUCCAGCUUUGGCUCAAGGUCAAGGAAUACCUCGCGCUGGCCAAGGGCGAGCUCGUUUCGGCCGCACUCACCCCAAUGGUCGGCUCGGUUCUUGUCGCCUGGGUCGUCGUCACCGUCUUUACCGUCUUCCGCAUCCUCAUCGUCACCUCGACCCUCGACGAGCUCGCCGUCGUCUCCAUCUUUACCUCGCUCUGGCUCACUGUCUCCUUCUUUGCCUUUCUCUCGGCAGGCAUCAAGCUCAACGACGUCAAGGAUGCCCAGCGCGACUUUCUGCACAUGCAGCAGCUCGUGGUCCAGACCCGCAAGCUUGACGCCACAGACGCAGAGUCCCAGUCGGCCCUCUCGCGCCUCGUCCAGUCCAUGGCCGAGCACGCCUCCUGGCUCUCACACACUCCGCCCGAGACCCUUGCCGGCGUCCCGCUCACCGCCCUCGUCCGCAACAAGCUCCUCGGCGUCGUCGGCACCGCCCUCACCUUUUGCCUCGCCAAGCUCCUCGAUCAACGCGGCAGCUGA